AUGCAAGCACCGGGCAACGACUCGGCGUCAAUCCUCACGCAUCAUACCUCGAGGACAUCUAUUAGGGGUCCGCAGUUCACUCUAGACAAGUUCUCUAGCAAAGACUUCAUAGUCAAAGACUUUAUCGAGGACCUUUCCGACGCUGCCGUACCCGCAUCACGAAAGUCAGGACCCUCUGGCCAACAAACCUUCGACCCCAAACCUCUCAUCCGCACCUUCGAACAUGCCCUGACGCGACUCAAUAAUCUAUCCGAGGACCUAGAAGAGAAGGAGAACGAACUAUCGGGAGCUGUGAGGCGGGCGGAGGCGCAACACAAUCAGAAUGUCGAGUCAUUAGGCCGAAGACUCGAGCAAGCCAUUGACCGCUUCCAGAAGCUGGAUAGCUCGCUCAAUGGCAAUGAUGAUGGAGGCCCAGAUGCUGGCGGUAAUAUCGCCAUGCGCAUAGGCGAGCGCCUAGAAGAGCUGGACCGUCAAAGGAAAAGAGCCCUUGAUGCCAAGUUCCUGAUCGAAUGCUGGCAGGAAGUCAGCGAACGUGGCGAACUGAAUAUCCUCGAAGAUCAGCGAAGAAGCGGCGACAUUGUCCGGUGUGCUGAGUUUGCACGCCAGCUGCUGAGAAUCAGCAUUCGUUUGGAUCCUGAGAUCAAUCCGCGCAUCAAUGGCGAAGGACAGAACGGCGCGAAGAGGAGGCUAGCGCAGCAAUCGAAGCACAACACCAAGGAAGUCAUCGAGAAGUUCUUGGAGAGGCUCGAACAAGAUCUACUCAGCAAAUUCGACGAAUGCUAUCGACGGCCAAACUACAACGGCAUGCGCGAUUGUGCAAUAGCUUUGAGAGGCUUCAACGAUGGCUCCAGUGUUAUUACCACCUAUGUCAACCAGCACUCGUUCUUCAUCGACCGUACUCAGCUUAUCACCGAUGAGGUUUCGUCGGACUUGCAAACGUGGGAGCACCUUCAGGAUCCGGAUGCCCAACCACCAGUCGUUGAGCCAACACUGCAAUCUCUGAUCGAUGAAGUCAAGAUUGUCUUGCAAGAGGAAUCCGCCAUAAUCAGGCGAGCUUUCCCAUACUACGAAGAGGUGCUGAUAAGAUUCAUGGAACGAAUAUUCCAGCAAUCAAUACAACAGCGACUAGAGAUGGUAUUGGACAAAGCAAGCGAUCUCUCGUCCCUCGCUUUCCUACGCUCUCUACAGGCCUCGAAAAUCUACGUCACCCAACUUGUCGAAGACCUCAAAACACACGGCCUAACAGAGCACCCAGAACCCGUCACCUCACAAGUGGCCGCCACAUUAGAUCAGCAGCUCGAAGAGCUCUUCGCAUCAUAUUUCAUUGGUGAGAGGUACAUCGAGCGAGAGAAGAAGAAUCUCGAGGAACAAUACUCAUCAUUGCUCUUAAAGUUUACCAUUUACCACUCGCGGCGGAGCAAAAUGCCGACCUCAUACUUCGGGUCACUUGCUCAACGAGGUAAAGAGCUGGCUGCAUCGGCUCGUGACAAAUACAUGGACCGUCUUGAGAGCACAGACCUGCCAGCCAGUCAGAAGGCGACACUUCUACGCCUUGCUGGCUUGAAGGAAGAUCAACAGGAGAAAAAAGACAUCGAGGUAACAGAUGAAGAUGGCAGAAUAUCACUGUCUGCUGCUAAGCGUAUGUUGAAGUGGUUGGCAGAGGGCGUUGGGCGUGGGUUAGAGGUGUCACCAGGGAAUGAGACGCCGAAGGAUGUGCAAGUCUUACUGAGCCUCCUACUACGGCAAAUGGGUGAGAUUUAUCUCGAGACUGCACUGGAGGCUGCCCAAGACCAUGCUGCUGCACAGGAGAACUCGAAGACCCCACCCGACCUUACUCAUCUUCCAUCUCUACACGACAUAACCACCAUCCUACAUCUUCUCCAACAAACAUCCACGACAAUCCUCCUCCCACUUUGCACGCCUAAUCUUACCAUCCGCCGCGAUAUUGAGAAAUCCACAAACACCACAAUGGCAACCCUCGAAUCGAAGCUCUCCAACAUUAUCAACCUCACACUAACAGCCUCUCUAAAUUGGGUGAACAAGUGCCUAGCCCAACAGAAGAAGACCGAUUUCCGACCUAGAGAGGAAGACCAUAUGGUCAUGAGCGAAACCCAAGCCUGCCGCGAAGUCUCCACAUUCCUGACCCGUGUAGCCACACAAGCUACAGCCGCCCUCUCCGGGCGCAACCUUUCCCUGUUCCUCGCCGAACUCGCGCGCGGGCUACGCUCCCUCGUCCUCGCUCACCUCCUAAAAUUCACCAUCUCGCAAGUCGGCGGCCUCAGCGUGUCCAAGGACAUGAAUCGCUAUGUUGAACUCGUCAGAGGGUGGCCUACGGGUGAAGAGCUGGAAACCGGGGCCAUGGAUGUGUUGACGGAUGUCAGCACGUUGUUCAUCAUUGGGCCGGAGGCAUUGAGGGAUCGACUGAGGGCUGCUGGGGGCAUGGAUGCGCAGGAGCUGAAAGGAUAUAUCGGGCGGAGAGACGAUGUCAAUACGAUUGGGGUGCAGAGCGUGCUUAGUGGGUUUUAA